AUGAAUAGCCCGGAAACCUCAGUGGGUGCAAGUAGUAAGCCAGCCCCAGAUAAUGAAGAACAAGCCUUGCAAGCAGAAGUAGAGAAACUAGCUCUGGCAUUGUGUGAAGCAAUUGAAGAGAACACUCUGUUAAAGCAGAACCUGCAAGACCUGGAGCAGUUAAUUAAACGUUUGGACGUGGAGAAUAUGACCAAGUCAGCGGCCUUGUUGAUUUACAAUGAAUCCCAGAUGUCUCAACUUGAGGAAAAGAUUGAGAAUCAGAAAGAAGACCUAAAACGGAAAACGGAUGAGUGUGACACGUUAGAGCAGAAAAAUCAAGAGAAAAUGGAUAACCUGAAGCAAACCAACCAAGUGUUAAAGACUUGCUGGGAAGAGAAUGUCCAAAAAGUAGCAGAUCUGAAAGCAAUCGAAGAAGAGAUUGAGGAGCUAACACUUCAGCUCUGUGAAUGCAAAAGAGAGAUCAAAUCCAUCGACCGCAAAGCUCACAAACAAGCCGCCGAGAAUUCCAAUCAAUUCCAGGUGGUCAGGUCAAGAAGUUUGACCAAGAAACCAAACUUGAAAGCCUCAGCCUCAAAUGCAAUCGAAAUGGAGAUCGAUGGACGACUCCAAACUCAUGAAUAA